AUGAACUUUGCGAGUUCUUGGUUUCUUCUGACGCUUCUCGCUUUCCUGCCCUGUCGACUUGAGGGCACGGGCAGCGAUGCCCGCACCGCGUACAUGGAGGUCCGCAGCGGAAGGGACUUGGCAGUUGCAUUUGCGUCUGCCGCGCGCAUCGACACAGCAAUUAUCCUUGCGGACGUGUGGAUGCUGGACACAGACUGGGAUGGCUUGCUGAAUGGUAGCGAACCUAUCCUGUUGAAAAGAAACUUCACUAUUCUUGGCAGCCCAAACCUUCCAAAAUGGCCACUGCUCAACAUGGGAUUCGUCCACGUCAAGGUCCGUAUCGGGAACGGUGUCACACUCACUGUACGACAUGUCGUAGUCGGGGACUUUCGCAGCGAUAUCCUAACACAGGCUCCCGGCUUCGACCUAGCGGCGCCGUCGUUCCCUUCGGGCCCCUCUGGCGUUUUGAUGCACAACGAGACGGCAGUGAUGUACAGCGUCUGCCUGCCAGUCGGCAUUUGGACACGCGGCUUAAGUACAAGUCCUCGAGCUGCAUCACGCCCGGGCAUCCACACCUACAAACUGAACGUUACCCAGACCAGCUGCGUCAACAUCACGCCUUCCACAGCCACACCCGCACUCUAUCCACCCUCUCGGGGCCUUGCGCUCCAACCUCGCCUCCAAGACCGGUGCUGGGCCGACCGCGGCGUCUUUAUCGAUGUAGCUGUCCCCGGCGCUGACGUGGCCACCGCCGGGCGCGCCACCGUACCCAAUAACUACGAUGUCGUACUGCUCAAUGUGACGUACAUGUGCGCGCGCGUGAUCACGGAUGAGUGCAUGGCCCGCCUGAAGAACCCCUUGGCGUGUGCGUUAUCGAUGGUGGCGAAUGAUAAGGCCCAGUUACCGUGGCGGCUGCCGGCGGGUCCGGAGGCCGUGGUUUCGGUGCACAGCGGCCGGGAGCUGGCGGCGGCGUUGGCGGCGGCGCCGCUGGUGGCGGAGGUGGUUUUGGAACGGGACAUUUGGAUGCGUGAGAGCGACUGGGAGGGGCUGUUAUGGGAGGUCUCGGACGGCGGCAGCGGUUCUGCAGCGGUUUCGGAGCCGGCGUUGCUGAGCCGGAGCCUUACCCUGAGCGGCAGCGCAAAGCUGGGGGACAGCUGGCCGCUACUCAACAUGGGAUUUGUGUACGACAAGAUCCGGAUUGCGAGCGGAGUUACGGUGACUGUACGGCACCUCUUGCUGGGGGACUUUGGGGAUAAGAACGGCACCCAGAGCCUCGGCUUCGAUUUGGCGGCGCCCACGACGUUCAAUGCAUACGACACACAGCCGGGAGUAAUUGUACAUGACGAGACAGCGCUGCUGUACGCGCUUUGCUCACCAGCUUUCACUUGGAACCUGUCCUUGGUUGGUGCGCCUCGCGCAACCUCAAGACCUGGCACACAGACCUUCAAACUGGCCGUUUCUCAACCUGCCUGUGCCAAUAUGACCACCUCCACCACCUCCUCCACCUCCUCCUCCACCACCACCACCUCCUCCACCUCCACCACCACCACGACCACCACCACCACGACCACCACCACCAACACCAACAACACCAACAACACCAACACCAACACCAACACCAACACCAACAACACCAACAACACCAACAACACCAACAACACCAGCACCUCCUUGCCAACUCUUAGCGAUUUUGUGAUACAACCGCCGCUCAUGUCUCGCUGCUGGGCCGACCGGGGCGUGCUUGUGGACGUGGCGCUGCCCGGCACGCACAUGGAUAAGUACAGAAAUGAAAUUCCUUCUCAGUACGACAUUGUCCUGCACAACGUAUCGUACAUUUGCGCCAAUGUCAUGAAUGACGAUUGCCUCCUCGACCGUGGCGGCGUGCAUGGAUGCAUGGGUUGGAUGAGUCAGAAUAGGCUGCCGGGGCAGGUGCUGCUGCCGUGGCGGCAACUGGAGCCCACGUCAGCGUCGGCGGCGGCCGUGGGGCGAGACAGCGGCGGCGGCCGCGCCUCCCUAAGCGGGCCCGCGAGGGCAGGUGCCAUCGGCGGCGCGGCGCUGCUGCUGGCGGCUGUGGCGGGGGGAUUCCUCUUUGUACGGCAUCGCCAGCGGCGGAUGGCUCUGGAGAACGGGUCCCAAUGUUCCUUCGAUGCGAUCGCAUCUGCAGGCACUGGCGGCAGCGGCGGCGCCGCCGCCGCCGCAGCAGCUAAGGGCGCGCCAAUGCGAGCCGCCACUGGCGGCUCCACUGACACGGGCGCAGCUUGCGAUAGCGUCGCUGGCGGCGGCGGCGGCGGAAGCGCCUCCGCCAGCCCAAGCGAAGAGGGGUACAGUCGCGGCGUCGAAAGGGAUGCGGCUUUGACGGCGGAAGGCGUGGGGACAGGGACAGGGCCCGGGCCCGGGCCAGCGGCAGGCGAAGACGCCCUUGAGGCGGCGGGGACGAAGGUCGCGGAAGCGGAGCCCAGGCAGGCGGGCCGCGACGGCGGCGGCAGCGGCGGCGGUUCGGAAGGGGCACAGACUGGGAGUGCAGGAGGUGCUGGAGGCGGGCAGUUCACUCCGAGCAUUUCGGAGCAGACGGACAAUCUUCUGACUCGCAGCGGCGAUGGCGGGCCUUCUAGCUCCGGAACCAGCAGCCAGCAGCGGCGGCCGCUGCCGCCGCCGCCGGCAACAACAACCACGGCAUUGCUUUUCCCUGAAGACGAGCAUGUCGUCGUAACGGCGCUUACGCCGCCACGGCAGGACCUGGCGCUAGGCGAGGCGGCGGCGGCGGAGGUAAAGUUGCUUCCGGUGGUGCGCGGCAAGGGGGCGUUUGGACGAGUGUACGAGGGACUGUACGGCGGCGAGAAGGUGGCGGUUAAGGUGAUGAGAGAUGUGGGAGACCUCUGUGAGGCGUCCGGCAAAAAAGCGUUGGAACAAGUGCUCAACAGCUUUGCUCAGGAAGUCGAGGUGUUGGGGCGGUGUUGCCAUCCUAAUGUCGUACGGUUGCUGGCGGCGUGCUUGACGCCACCCAAGCUGUUCUUGGUGAUGGAGCUGAUGGAAACGAGCCUGGAACAGUUGGUGUACAACAAAGACCGGGAGCUGCUGCCGCUGCAGAAGGUGCUAUGCAUUGCGCUGGACAUUGCCAAGGGCCUGGAGUACCUGCAUCCCACCAUCAUGCACCGAGAUCUCAAGCCGGGCAAUGUAUUGAUCAACGGACCCACCUCCCCGCGGCCGGUUGCCAAGAUAACGGAUUUCGGAGUGUCACGUCUCCGCAGCACCGUCCUCAUUACCAAGCACCCUGAGGCGGGGACGCCAGCCUACAUGGCCCCAGAGACGUUCGACGUGAAGAACUACACCCUGACACAUCACGUGGUGAGCGGAGGGGGUUGGGAGGACAUGUACAGCUUCGGUGUGUUGUUGUGGGUGUUGGUGACGGGGGAUCACCCCUGGAGCGGCUUCCAGAUGGUGGAGGUGGCGUACAAGGUGACCAUCAACCGGGAGCGGCUGCCCAGCACCCGCAUUUCCCCCGCCCGCUGCCCGCCCGCGCUGAGGGCCCUGAUGGAGCAGUGCUGGGAGUACGAGCCGCGCAGGAGACCUGCUGCGGCGGAGGCGGCCAAGGUGCUGCAGGGCCUGCUGCUGCUGCUGCAGGAACGGGAAUGA